AUGAUGUUUGACUUUAUUUGGUAUUUAUUGUCACCCUUUACAAUGAUUUCGUUCCCUUCAUCAAGAGGUAAUGAUCACUCAAAAGGGAAUGAUAUAAAUAUCGGGGCAGUUAAUAACAGCAAAAACAACAACAACAUUGGUAAUAGUGGCAAUUCUGCUGUAAGUUCACAACCUAACUUUAAGUUUGACAAGCCAACUCUAAAGUCUGUAAACAUACCUUAUUAUUUUCAAGGUGAAAAUGAGGAUUCAAUAGCAUUACAAAUUAAGUCUAUGUUUUAUGUUUAUCAUAGAUUCAAGAUUUCUCGAUUACAACCUUUUCUAAAAUACAAUGAUAUGAACGACCAAAUGGAUUUUGAUUAUUUUUAUCCAACCUAUGAUAUGCAACCCAAUCAUAUGAAAAAAUCUACCGAAAAAGUCAUUUUGAAUGACAAGCUUGAUACCAUCUACAAUGUACAUCAUUUCAAAUCCCAGUUAUUGAAUGAUCCGUACAGAGUCCUAUUUGAUUACGUCAAAAACAAGUUUAGAUCUUUACUGAUAAUAUCUGAUUAUCCAAAUGAUAUAAGCGAUGUACCAACUUUGUAUCCAUCUUCCUACAGGUUUUUGGUAUUGAAGCCUAAUGAUCCAGUGGAUAGAUACAUUGAGGUGCUAGUUCGGCAGUCUGGUAUUUACAGCGAACAUAAAGUUAGUAGGAGCAAGAGGGUUGAACUAUUACUGAAGAUAAUUUCAAAACAAAGAAAAAUUUCGAAUCCUGAUAAUGAGGAAAAUUUUGAGUUUAGUAGAGAUGAUAGAUCGAACAUAAUAAGACUUUAUGUUCAAAGGUUGGCAUUACAUGUGCAAAUACAUAGGCUAUUCAAAGCCACUCUAAAGUCUAAGGAGAGAGAACGAAAGAAUAAUUUGCAUAGGUUUACCCAUGAAAAAAACAUCCAAUCCUAUAAGAGCCUUACAUCGGAAAGAUCCCGGUUGCAUCUCAUUCCAGGAUCGUCGCCGAUAAAAGGAGGAAACAAUGAUGCCAUUACAAUCAUGGAUAUAAAUGAUUCAUGCGUGAACAAUUCAACUGACAACUUAUACUAUUCUGACACUGCAGACUCUCAAGCUUCAAGCAGCACAAGUAGCAUUAAUUUCACAAAACUUUUUACUCAUGAAGAAAAGGAGGUGUUUUAUGAGCAAAGUAAAAUGGCUGUUAGGAUUAGAAUAGAGAGAGAAAGGAGCUCUUUGUUAUUCUAA